CUAUGGUUCUUUUGGGUACGUAUUGAGUGUUUGAGAGAGGGCAUGUCUCUAAUUUGUUGUUGGUGAUUGGGUUUCUGUUCCAUUUUUCAUGCAUGUUUAGGGGUUUUUCAAAGCUGGGGUUGUGCGGGGAUUUUGCUCUGAAUUCCGGUUUCAGCUACCAUGGACUUGUUGAACAUCUCAAAUGCUGUUCUGGGUCUCAAAGUUUCUCAAGUUUUGAGCCUUCUGUCAUGAGUUCUCUGUGAGUGUUUAGGAAUCCGAUGAUUGUUUUCUUGUAGGCGUUUUAGUUAGUUUAGUCUUCAAUUCUUUGAUUCUUUUAGGGGUGGGGUUUUACCAUUUUCUGUCAUUCUUUAAUUUCAUACACCAAGAUUUGUUCAUAUAGGAUCACCUCUGAUAUAUACUCUGUUUCUGUAUUAUUCAUCGGAUUCCAUUUAAAUUUGUUGACUAUUCACACACAGAUACAAUUAAUUAGUCUACCUCUCUGAGAUUUUUCUCUUUUCAAUUACACAAGCAAAGAUAUAGGUGAAUUUGUACAUCUAAAUCAAACAUUUCAUAGUUCAAGAUUCAUAUAAAGCAGAGAGAUAGAGAAAGAAACAGAGAAAACAGGGGGUGGGUGAAUUGAAAUAGAGCAGAAAAGAACAAAAAAGGGAAAAUAGGAAGGUUACAGAGAAAUGUUGGCUGGGUGUUCGAGUUCUACAUUACUGUCGCCGAGGGAUAGACUGAGGGGUGAAGCAUCAGCACAGUUUCAAGCUUGCCAUUUUCCGAUGAAGACACAAAGAUUGGACUUGCCGCGUAGCUUCGCUCGGAAGGACACUUCGCGGUCGCAGCCCGUUAGGCCAGUUGGACUUUCUGUGGAGAAACCGAUUGAAACCAAGACCAGCAGCUGUUCUCUCAAGCAGAACAUCCGGCUACCGCCGUUGGCAACCAGUGCACAGUCGACAUUUGAAGGAAGGAGAGAGAUCAAGGAUGAGUUUUGGGAGAAGGGUAAGAGUUUGAAGAGGUUGGCAGAGCAGGGUUUGGUUGAUGAAUCUUGCAUGGACAGGGCGAAGAGGAAGAAGGGUAGCGGUGAUAAAGGGAAUUCCGAUGAUGGUUUGAAGUUGGACCAAUUGGGUACAGGGAAUUUUUGGUUUCAGCCAGGUUUCACGGGCCAAAAUACUUCUCAACUUCCUUUCUCCCUGACUUGUUCUGGGGAUGAAGACAGGAUUUGUUUUGUGCCAACUGAAAUGAUCUCGCUGCCUUUGCCACCAUCCAACAAUCCCUUGCUCGAAUCGGUCAUUACAGAAAUCACAGGCUCAGGUGAAAAGGGCGUUGAAAGCAUUCAGAAGGUGCAACAGGAAGCUCCAGGGUCAAGCACUUCGUCAGACAGCCAUAGCUUGGGGCUCAGGUUGAAUAAGAAUGCCAUGGAGCAUGAAGUUGGCAAUGGUUCAGGGAAUCCUCGCCCACAUGAAGGCACCAGUGUGGAUGCCGGACAGGAGCACAACAACAGUGGAGAGCAUCAGGGGUUUGAGCUUGUCAGCCUUCUCACAGCUUGUGUUGAAGCAAUUGGGUCGAAGAACAUUGCUUUAAUCAACCACUUCAUGGCUAAGCUAGGGGAUCUUGCUUCUCCAAGAGGAAGUCCCAUAAGCCGUUUAACAGCUUACUACACUGAAGCUCUGGCUCUUCGAGUCACAAGGCUUUGGCCUUCUAUCUUUCACAUUACUAUUCCUCGAGAGCUUGACCGUGUGGAGGAUGACAACGGGACAGCAUUGAGGCUUUUGAAUCAGGUAAGCCCGAUUCCAAAGUUUGUUCAUUUCACAUCGAAUGAGAUACUGUUGAGAGCCUUCGAGGGGAAAGACAGGGUUCACAUCAUAGACUUUGACAUCAAGCAAGGGCUACAGUGGCCUAGCCUGUUCCAGAGUUUGGCUUCUAGGACCAAUCCUCCACACCAUGUUAGAAUAACUGGCAUUGGUGAGUCCAAGCAAGAGCUAAAUGAAACGGGGGACAGGCUUGCGGGAUUUGCUGAGGCAUUGAAUUUGCCUUUUGAGUUCCAUCCGGUUGUGGACAGGUUGGAGGAUGUGAGGCUAUGGAUGCUUCAUGUUAAGGAGAAGGAGAGUGUAGCAGUAAACUGUAUGUUUCAACUGCACAAGAUGCUCUAUGACGGGAAUGGAGGUGCACUUUGGGACUUUUUGGGACUGAUCCGAAGCACAAAUCCUUCAGUAGUCAUCAUGGCAGAGCAGGAAGCAGAGCACAAUGUCCCCAACUUGGAAACAAGAGUCUGCAAUUCAUUGAGAUACUACUCUGCCAUAUUUGACUCAAUUGAUUCUAGCCUUCCUUUAGACAGUCCGGUUAGGAUCAAGAUAGAGGAGAUGUUUGCGAGUGAAAUUAGGAACAUCAUUGCUUGCGAAGGAAGCGACAGGCUUGAGAGGCAUGAGGGUUUGGAGAAGUGGAGGAAAUUGAUGGAGCAAGGAGGAUUUAGAUGUGUGGGGAUCCAGGACAGGGAACUGCUUCAGAGCCAAAUGCUUUUGAAGAUGUACUCAUACGACAACUACAGUGUAAAGAAGCAAGGGCAGGAUGGUGCGGCACUUACUCUAAGUUGGUUAGAUCAGCCACUUUAUACAGUCUCAGGUUGGACACCAGUUGAUGUUGCAGGCAGCUCAACUCAUUUUCUCAGCCAAGUUGAUUGAUUGCUGCAGCAGACUUCUUUUUCUUCAUACAUUCAAAUACUUUCCAUACCAUUCUUGCAUACAGAAAAGGAUAUAGAAUUCUUUUGUAGUUAGAGAAUCUGUCACUACAAUUCUUUCAUUCUUUUCUUGCAGAUAAGAUUUGUCAGUCAGAUAGUAGCUUCUUCAUACUGAGUUUUCAAUUCUUUUUCAGGCCAGAAUUCUAGCUUCAGUCUGUAGUAUUCAGAUUCAAUUUGCGUUUAUUCUUUGAUUCUUUAUGUAUUAUGAAUGGAAUACAUUUCUGUCACUUAC